AUGGUUUCUUUCUCUGCUAUCCGGACUUCCAAUUCCCUCAUCAAAUCCACCUUUCCAGCCGGUCUCGUCGCCGUCUUCAUUGGAGCUACAAAUGGAAUUGGUGAAGUAAGCCUCAAAACCUUUGCAAAGUAUACACACCAGCCUCGCGCCUAUUUCAUCGGCCGUUCUCAAGAUGCCGGAGACCGUAUUGCAGCAGAGUGCAAGGCAUUGAACCCCGGUGGCGAGUACAUCUUCAAGAAAGCAGACGUGAGCUUGAUCCGAGUCGUAGACGAGGUGUGCGAGGAGAUUAAAAGGAAGGAGAAAAGCUUGAAUAUCCUGUUCUUGAGUGCUGGAGUCUUAAGCAUGGAUCACAGUGAAACAUCCGAACAUGUCCACUUACUGGCAUCAUUGAACUACUAUUCCCGCAUGCGUUUUAUCCGUAAUCUGCUCCCGCUUCUUAAAAAUGCCGACACCCUCCGUCGCGUUGUUACUGUUGGAGGGGGCGGCAAAGAAGGUCCCCUGGAUACGACCGAUCUCCCUGCCCUCCGCGUUCCACUUCCCCAGAUUCGCGGUCAUCUCUGCUCGUUGAUAACUCUGGGUCUUGAAACUGUAGCAACGACGGCUCCGGGAGUCAGUUUCGUGCAUGAUUAUCCGGGCACGGUAUUAGAGACAGCGCUUUGGAGAGGUAAAGGAGGACCUCCGCAAGCAGCAAUUGACACUCUGGUGCCCAUUGAAGAGAGUGGGGAGAGGCAUGUUUAUCUAGCGACGAGUGCAAAAUACCCAUCCUUGGUGAAGGAGAAUGCUGCAGUACAAUUAGGAGAUGUAGAUAGCGUGGCACUUGACACUAGGGGGAAAUUGGGUGGUGGGUUAUAUUCGAUCGGAUGGGACUGCGAGAGUGUAGCUCCAUUGGAGCUGUUGGCCGAGUUCAGAGAGAAGGAUAUGGUAAAAGCUGUCUGGCAGCAUACAGAGAGUGAAUUCACACGUAUCGGUGAGCUUAAUCGGGGACUGUAA